GGGGUGGGGACUGCCUGCCCCCAACAGUGCCAGGCUGUGGAGGUUAGGACCUCUCCUCAAUUCCAUCCCGACUGCUGCCGGUGGGUCUGAGUCCACAAGAGAGGGGCUCAAGAUGCUAGUGCUGCGAGCUGUUCUACUGCUGUUAGCCCUGCCCAGCCAUGCCGAGGAACCCCCUCCCGCAGAGGCAGAGGCGCCGCUUCCGCUACCCAAGGGGGCCUGUGCGAGUUGGAUGGCAGGCAUCCCAGGGCAUCCCGGCCACAAUGGGAUCCCAGGCCGAGAUGGCAGAGAUGGCACCCCCGGAGAGAAGGGUGAGAAAGGAGAUGCAGGUCUUAUUGGUCCUAAAGGUGACACUGGUGACCCUGGAGUGUUUGGGGCUGCAGGUCCCCGAGGCUUUCCAGGAACCCCAGGCAGGAAAGGAGAACCUGGAGAAGGUGCUUACGUGUACCGCUCAGCAUUCAGUGUGGGGCUGGAGACCCAUGUCACCGUCCCCAAUGUCCCCAUUCGCUUCACCAAGAUCUUCUAUAAUCAGCAGAACCACUACGAUGGUACCACAGGCAAAUUCCACUGCAGCAUCCCUGGGCUGUACUACUUCUCCUACCACAUCACAGUCUAUCUGAAGGAUGUGAAGGUCAGCCUCUUCAGGAAUGACAAGGCUGAGCUCUUCACCUACGACCAGUACCAGGACAAGAAUGUGGACCAGGCUUCUGGCUCUGUACUCCUCCACUUGGGUGUGGGUGACCAGGUCUGGCUUCAGGUGUAUGGGAAUGGAGACAACAGUGGACUCUAUGCAGAUAAUAUCAAUGAUUCUACCUUCACAGGCUUCCUUCUGUACCAUGAUAUCACUGAUCCCUCCUAAUUUAGAUCCUCCAUCAGUCCACACAGCCCAGAAGUCAAUUAAAUCUUUCAGUCAACAAGCUUUCAGCAUAAUUAAGAGAUUGAUUUUACUAUCUAGUCUGAAAGUUCUGAAUGUUAUCUGUGCAUUUAGUCAUCCAUCCAUGCAUGCAUGCAUCCAUCCAUCCAUGCAUCCAUCCAUCCAGUGCCUUUAUCUAAAAAUCACAUACUGCAUUCCCAGUCCCCGUCCCUCCAGGAGACCCAUGACCCCGUCCCUCCAGGAUCUCUUAUGUAGUAGCAACAUUGGACAGUAAUAACAUUUAUUGGUGGGCUUUGUAUCAAUGAUAUGGUAACAGCUACAAGGAAGUAGUUAAAAAUGCUAUUUUGUGCCUCUCCAUUCAUGCCAAUCCUGCCAGGCACCUGGGAAAGAUAUUGUUCUCCUUUUCACAGUUGGGGUUGAGACAGUAAGUGAAUGUUUCAGGUCACACACAGGUAUUAAGUGGCAGAGCUAAAAAUCAAACCCAGAAUCAUGGGCUUUUCCCACUAACUGUGCCCUUUAUGUAGAAGUACAAAAGGUUAGGGGUAAUGGUGCUCUCCAGAACAUUCUUCCUCAAAGCGUUAGCUUGAGCUUGAAACACAAAACCUACACAGUACAUGGCCUCUUUGGAGUCUCAGUAGGGAUCUGUUCCCCACCUUGACCGGGGGCCUCUGAAUUUGCCUUUAUCAAGUUAAAAGUUUUCCCCAGCAGAGCUCUCUCAGAGAAGGUGGUGCUCUGAGGAUUUGCUGGACUACUCAAUGGCCCCUGACCUGUGCUGCAGUUUUUCUUCCCUGUGUCUCCCCUCGCGCUGUUUUUUCCAGCAGGGAAAACAACUUUCACUUCCCUAUGUUGAAACCCUCCACGUUCCCCAGGGUCUCCUGGCUAGGAGCUUCCAUGAUGUGCUCCUGUCUUAAUUACUUUCUUGUCCCUCAGACACAAUACCUAACACUCACAACUUAAAGAAGGAGAGGUUUAUUUUGGAUCAUGGUUCACUGCACAGUCAGCUGGCUCCAAGGCAAGAUGGCCUGGCACAGGGCAGGACAGAGAAGUCACUGCUCACCUGACGCACAGACAGGAAGCAGAGACUGAAGGGAGGAGCUGGGAGGCAGAGGAACCCUUUGAGACCACACCCCCAGGGACCCGCC